AUGCAUCGAUGGCACUUGGGAGGUCCGUUCGCGUACAUUUCGUCGUUCCAGUUGUCGAACUCGUUUCCUCAAAAAAGUGGAACUAUCUUGGCCAUACUCACUGGCGCAUUUGACGCUUCAUCAGCAGUGUUUUUGAUAUUCAGAUUGAUCUACAACGCCACCAAUCAAUCAUUUGGCUUGGUGAGCUUUUUCCAACUUUAUCUUGUGGUGCCCAUUUUCAUUACCCUUGCACAGAUUUUCAUCAUGCCUUGGGACUCAUACAAGACUGGCCCAGAUACAGACUUGUGUGCAAAUGAUAGCCAAGAAGUUGCCGUGGCUGUGGCUCUGGCGUCUGAGACAGACCCAUUGUUAUCCAGUCAAAUGUCUCCAAGUGCACAUUCUGGUAGAAGAGAUUCCAUUGGUGAUGCCUUGAAGCAGCCGUAUGCAGAGGAGGGAGAAGAGUUCUUGAUUGAGCAUUCCGGCGGUAUCUUCGGCAUAUUGCACGGCUUUUCUGCAGAGUACCAAAUGAAAACUCCAUGGUUUUAUUUGAUGUGUUGCUUUGCCACCAUCAUGAUGUUGCGGUUGAACUAUUUUGUUGCAACAAUUGGAACGCAGUACAUUUACUUAUUGGGUUCUGCGACGAAAGGAACACUAUUGAACAGGUUUUUCGACAUUGCCUUGCCACUUGGAGGCAUUAUUUCUAUUCCCUUUGUUGGUCUUUUCCUAGAUUACUGCACUACAGUGGUGGUUUUAACUGCUUUGCUUGGAGUUUCUUUGACUAUUGGUGUUCUUGGACUUAUCCCCAACAUUUACGCUGGAUUUUUGAACGUCAUUCUCUUUGUCGCAUACAGACCAUUCUUCUACACCGCUGUUUCUGACUUCUGUGCCAAGGUGUUUGGAUUUGACACUUUUGGUACCGUCUAUGGUGCCAUGAUCUGCGUUUCAGGUGCUUUCAACUUCUUCCAGUCUACUUUGGACAAGAUUACACACACCACGUUCCACAUGAAUCCCACACCAAUCAAUGCAAUUUUGGUGACCAUCACAUUGGUUGUGGGUGUCGCCAUGAUCGCAUAUACUAGACACCAGGCUGUCUUGUUUCAGCAAAAGAAGACUCGCUUGCAUGCUCAUGCAUAG